UACAUUUUUCUGUGUUGUGUGUCGACAGCAAAGAAGAAGGCGCACACAGGAGGCGAAUGAAACUCGACAGCGACGACGACGGAGAAGAAGAAAAGCUGGCGAGCUCACAUAGCUCUCAACAUACUGUGGCAUAAGAAAAAGACAUUUUUUCGUCAAAAUCGGUCUAGUUUUCGGAUGUUUGGUGGCGUAUCAUUGCGGAUAAUGUGUAGUUUCGAUGGAAUUUUGUGAUAAUUUAUUGUGGUGAGCAGUUUCCGAGCAGUAUAUUUGAUCCUAAAAAUCCCGAGCAGCAACAGAAGGAGAAGACUCCGAGCGAAAAAAAAAGAAAAUAAGAAGAAUAAAUAUAGUCAAUUGGGGCCAUAUACGGAAAAUAAUUCAAAAUAAUAUAUUUUGCUGCAACUAAGAAGUGAGAAACAUCAGACCAUUGCUGCCGUGAUUCAUCCAUUAGGGUGUAUCGUUCCAUGCCCCGAUCCGACCAAGUGACAAAUUUUGGAAAUAUUAGUGCACCCAAAUAUUGUGUUUCAAUACGUAAGGGAUACGAAAUUGUUCAUCUUGAAUAACCGUGGCUGUGAAACGGCAGAAGGAAACCUUAGGGCAUAUUCUGAAUGAAAUUGUUCCAGUAGUGUUUAAAUGGCGAUCAAAACGGAGUACUAAGUUUAUUUUGAUAGAUAGUGAGCUGAAUGGAAUGGUGAUGAAUCGCUGAAAAACUGAGUGUGAAAAUCAGUCAAAGAGUAGUCACUGGCAGCCAGCGAAGAAAAGUUGACAGAUUGCUUGUGUGUAUGCAUUGGUGUAUGUGUGCUGUGACAUAGGGUUUACUUGUUGGGAAGAAUCGAUUUUUCCUUUGGCGGCGCUACGACGGCGACAACAACGUUGGAGUAGGCCUAUGUUUCUAUCCCCUUCGAGCAUUGAUAGAUGGGGGAAGUCCUCGGCUGUGAGAACUGUGUGCUGUGUGGAGGAAAGUGGCUGGAAGUGUGAAGCGGAUACCACUCUACUCGGUGGGAAGAAAAACCCGUGGAAAACGUCAUUCGUCAAUCGAACAGAGUACACAUACCAAAAACACGCAAAUGUGAAACUAUCCUCACCAUUAACACCAUGUAGAACCAUGGGGAACAACUCACGCAUUCGCACUUUUGUACAACGUAGUGUUCCCGGCGAAUAGGUGCCGAUGCAAAAAUUGAUCAUUUCGAUUCCCCAGCAGGAUCGUUGUCAAACUUUACUGGGCGGUACCGAAAAGGGGGAAAUCAAGUAGCAGCCAAAAUAAUCAAUUAAUUGAUAAUGUCCUCUUGCAGCGAGAAGUAGUGCCGCAGUGAAGGCGGGCCACGAUGAAUGCAAAGAAGCAAAACGAACAACAAUAACAAGAAAAGCAACGAACAACACUUGAAUCGGACAUUCCACGGUGGAAAAGAGGAAAAAAGGCGAGCGACACCAACACUCGCUCACGGCCAGAAAACACACACGGCUAUGGUCUUCCGUUGGAGCACAACAAAUCAAAGGUAUUGAAGAGCGAGGAGAGAAGAAAACGAGAGACUGGAAUCCCACACAUUCUCAGCUUUUGCGCUCCACCACACAUAUCUUGGCUGCUUGGAACGAUCAAAACGACCCCGCCAGCAGAAAUCGUGUUUUGCGGAGUAGCAAGCCUCGAUCGAAUCUCAAAUCCGGUCAGGUCCCGGGAUCAUGUAUAUUAUCAAUCCUACCAGUGGUAAGGAGAUCCCGAACAGCUAUCCCACGAGCUCCAGCAGCGCUAGCAGCUCCAGCAACGGCAGCAGCUCACACCAGCAGGAGAUUAUCAGCAAAAUCCUAACAAAAUGUGCCACAAUGACCGAUGAAGUGGCCACCAGUGGUUCUACCGCAGCCACCACCGUCAAUGGUACAGCAACCAUACUGCUCUCUCCUCCGCAUCAUCAUUCCCAUCACCAUCACCAGCACCCGGUGGGGGUAUCACCCCAAUCCUCGCCAGCUUCGUCAUCGUCCGCCGCCUCAUCGCCAACCGCUGAUGGCCCGCAGCAACUGCAGCAGCAGCAACAACAAUUGCACAACAGCUUUGGUACGGUACGGGAGAAAGCUGCUACCUCCGCGAGAGCUACGACCAACUCCGGUGCUGGAACGAAUGGUACCACUGGUCCGAUAGGGCUAACAACUGUCGGAAGUAUCGAGGGAAAACAUGCCAGCAGUACCAGCUGCAGUAAAAUCAACGGCAAUGGAACGCUUCCCGCGCCGACCGGUGUUGUGGGUGGCAACGUUUCCGGCGGCAGGUUGCAGUUUUUCAAAGAUGGAAAAUUCAUCCUUGAGUUAGCCCGCGCGCGAGAAGGCGAAAAAACUAGCUGGAUUUCGGUGCCUCGCAAAACCUACUGGCCCCCAACAGUGAGCUCGACCAGUGCCAAUUUCCACAAACAUGAGAGUUCAACUUCACUCAGCUUUUCCGACGAUAACAGCUCGAUCCAGUCGUCGCCAUGGCAAAGGGAUCACUGCUGGAAGCAAUCCAAUCCCAGGUCAAAUAUUUCGAAGGAAAUGUCCCUGUACUUCCACCGGCCGAUCUGUGUUCGGCUGAAGCUUCCACCGCAGUCGCUGAAACGAUUACGUUUGAAACGAAGGCGGCCUUACGAUGCGUCCUCGAUGGCACUCGAGUAUGAGAUUAUUAACGAUAGGAGUGAGCUGCCGACGGAUGCGGACAGCGAUUCGAUGGAUCUGAAAGUGAACGGUAGAUCUCCUGAGUCUGGCAGUGAUGACGAUGAGGGCAAAAGCAUGGAGAAUGGAUCGAAAGAGCGUAAGAAACGGAAACGAAGUGAAGGGGGACAGAAGCGCAGGAAAGAGCUGACUGCAAUAUUGCAACAGUUGACCGUACGUGUAGCGAAUAGUGUCAAUUGUACUCCUCGCUUGUCGACGCCAGGGAUAAGGAACGUGUUUGGAUCGUCCCACCAGCAACACGUUUCGCCUCGAAAAAGAAUACUCAGAGAACUGGAGAAGGUAUCGCUCGAGGAUAGCAGUACUAUGAAAAGAUCUCGUCCAAAACAUGCUAGUAAUAGUACUGUGAUCACGGCAACGACCGCAACGCCACUUGCACCCGCCACUAGCAACGGAGUUGGAAGCUGCAACAGCGUCGGUAGUAGUAAUAAUAGUAAUAAUAGCAACGGCAAGUUGACCAACGGAUCGCCGGUGGUAUCGUCAAUCGCAGAGUCCCGCACUCCAUCGAUCCCUACGACACCCGUUUCACGGCCUCUCAGUAGCUACAGUAUAACCUCGCUACUUGGACACAAUUCGUCCAGCGAAAACAACAGUAGAUUCAAGCAGGAAACUAACUCCACAACUAGUCAUCAUCCCUACCAACAGCAACCACAGCAACAACACCAUCAGCCUUCUCAUUAUCAGUAUCUCGGAAAGGAUAUGAUAACCUCACCGAAGUCUCCCUCCGAUGCGCAUCUAAGUCAGAGAUACUACGGGAAGAAAAAAUCGCCAAGCUACGGUUCACAGAGUGCCGCAGCGGUAGCUUCCCCUGGAUCUGCCACCGAUUUUGGGACGAGUUACGGCAUGAUACGAUCUCCUGAUCUCAGUCCUAGCCCAGAACAUCAAACUCAUAGUUUUACACGCUAUCGGCAGCAUCCUUAUAGCGUCAACCCGACUGUUUCAUCGCCUAGUAGCUAUUCCACUGUAUCACGAUGUUCGCCAUCUCCCAGUACCAAUGAUUCAGCAAGCUCGCCAUACAGUGGAAACGCAAAGUAUCGCGCUGCCUAUCUAGCGUCCAGCGGUUCUCCGCCAUCAUCAACCAACCCUGUCACAGCGAACUCUCCGCAGCACUACUCGAGGCAGUCGCCACUGAACUUUGCUCGCUCUCCGCCACCAUUGCAACAACCGAGUUAUCCACCAAUUGGUAGCAUACGGAGUAAUGGAAAAGAUUCUUCAUCGUCGCCUCGUGCGUCUCCAAGCGUGGAACCAGUUCGUGUGCCGGCAACAACUCCCUCCACCACCUCAUCCAAUAACUCAACUACCCCGAGUAUUCGGACAGUUCCAAAGAAGACGGCUGCUCUGCGACAACAAUUUGGUUCACCAUCUUCUUCACCUUCCACCAUCGAUACCGCAUCGAAGCGAGAACGUUCCAAUUCGAAUGCGUCUUCGACAUCUUCCGAUGUGAAUCGCGCAGCGCACCUCAAAAAGGAAUUAGAUUACGCCGAACGUGCGUCCGCCUCGGAUGUGGUUGAUGGUCAUCCGCAUCUCUCUUCGUCUUCGUUGUCCCAAGCUAGUCCAGUGAUUCGUCCCAGUACGGUUAUCGCCUCACCGACUCCCCAUCAUCCCGUUCCCAACCCGUUCUACAUGUACCCACCGCAAAUCGCCGCCUCGCUGAUCGCAGCUCAGCAAUCAGCAAGUGCUGUACCAUUCCUGCCGGCCUCGCCGCUCACAUCGUACUACCAGCACAUGUAUAACCAGGCAGCGGUUGCGGCAGCCUACCGGAAUCCUCUGUGGAUGCACUAUCAAGGCAUGACGCCACAUGCAGCAGCAGCAGCAGCCGCUGCAGCUGCUGCCUCCACUGUUUCUCCACCGCUUGGUGCUCCUCCACCAGCCCAAUCAGUAACCGUUAGCUCUGCCGCGUCCAGCACUCACAGCAGCAACAACAGUAUCCGUGACGCACAACAACGAGAUUCCAAUCGAUCACAUUCCGCCACAAUCACCACCAGCAGUAGUAGUUCUUCCUCCGUACCGACGACAGCCGUUGCUGCACUGAACUACAGUGCGUCGGCGCUCGCUUCUCCCUAUCACGCCCAUCACCACCACCAGCAAAAUCCCCAUCAUCAACAUUUGCAUCAUUCUGGUCUAUCGGCCCCGUGGAGCAUCCCGUCUAAUCACGAUCCGGCCACGAGAACACCGCCAGUGACUUCGUCCUCCGGACCGUCCACCGGGCCACCGACCAAGGAUGAUUUAGGGACAGAUGUCCCCCUGAAUCUGUCGAAGCAUUGAACGAGAAGGCGGAUGAUCCUUCAGCGCGAAAGACUGGGAACUGAGUGCAAGGGAUGGAGAAAGGAAGAUUAUGGCAUGAAUAACUACCACGCCUAGCGUACAAACAAACAAUGUCAUCGUGUCUAUGUAAGUGUAGGUGUAAGUGUGAUGAUUCCCGGCUGAUUCACCUUGAAAACGUAAGAUUGAAGGGAUUUUUAUUGAAGUCGUGUUAUUAUGUGUAUAUUACCAAGGAGAAAACGAAAACUAGCCGUAUGCUUUUUAGUGUUGGUGUGAUUCCGCAUAAAUAUAUCGUUUUAAGCGUAAACUAUAAUAUAUAUGAGAAAAGGGAAAGAAAAAAAAACAACAAGAAACAGUAUCAACAGAGUGGAAGAGGGUCCAGACUACAAAACAACAAAACUUAUAAUUGAUAAAACCUAAGGUUUUUACUAUUUUCCGAGAGAACAAACAAAAUAAAAGAGGAAACCUAUUUUUGCUAAGAGUUGUAAGAAUUAUAGAAGAGGAAAUACUAUAUAUAUAUGUGUAACAAAUAUACACGCAUCUAAAUAUACACGUACAGAAUUAUUAUAUAUACAAGGAAAACGGAAGAAAGCAACUGAAACGACAACAUUUACGAACGUUUUUUGCAAGGAUUCGCUCGGUACAUUUUAGUACCGACAAUUUCCACUUUUUGAAAGAGUUUGGUAGUACAAGUAUUGUAAAAAAAUGAACAGGAAAAAAACGAGUCAAUUACAAGAUUCGUGCCCCUGCAGUUCUAAGAGACAACACAAAACACGGAUGAGUCAUGAAACAGACAAAAAAUGUGGUAGCUUUACCUCCUUUUCAUCCUAGACUAACCUCGGGAUGGAUGCUACUGGAUGUUCCUUAUGAAAACAACCUACAGAAUACUAAACGCUAAUUGCAUCUAUCAAUGUGUAAAAUGUUUCAUCCCUUACCACAACCCCGCCUGGAAAUCCCCAUUUCUUCCAAGCCCAAAAACCCAGUGUUGCUGAAACUCCGUGUCCAGGAAACAGAGAAACCCUAAUCUGAAUCUCAUUCUCACAAAUUGUAGAAUUUGUGUUAGACGAUUGUCGUUCAAUGGACAUAAAAUGUGUAUAACCUAUUAUAGACUGAAACUAUUACUUUUAGAAAGUCGUGUAAACUAAUAAGCGAGAGAGCAAGCGCCUGAAGGCGUGCAUAUUUUGUGUGAGUAGAAACUUGUUCGGGACAACCAAAUAAAUAUAAUUAUAUAUACACAAACACACACACAAAACGUCAACAACGUUAAGAUACUAAAAGAGGGAGAGCAAAGAAAUUAGAGAGAUUCAAUAUUUAUAUCGAUGCAAAAACAUUUACAAACAAAACAACUCAGCUUAUCAAAAACCAGAAACGAACCAAUCAAACGAUGAAAAACAACAAGAAACAAAUUGAAAACGCGAGAAAGAGAAAAAGGGAAGAGAUAUUUGUGCUAUUUUUAUACAUCUGUAGGCCAGCAAGGACGGAUACAAAGCAUAAGAAGAAACCAAAAUUUGGCAGAACAAUAUUCAAUUAGAGUAUCGUCAAAAUGUAAUGUAGACUUUUAAUUCGCAGUAAACGAUCCAAUCAAACAAUACAAAAAAUGAACAACAAAAAACGUGAGUGCCUUGCAAAGAAACAACAAACAAACCAAAAGUAACAAGAUUCGAACUGACUAAAAGUAUUACAAUUACACACACCCAGAUAAAAUAUUGAUAUUUGAAGAUUCAAUGCAAAACAAAAAACACAAAGCAUGAAAAAACACAAAUAUUUGACCCUUUAAAAAAAACAAUCCAAAACAAUAGCCAACAAAGAAUUUCGACUACAAAACUUUUGUAGGAUAUUUUACGGCAAACCUUAUUGUGCGUGUGUUCAUAGAGAAUAAAAAUGUCUUAUGAGAAUUUUCGACUAGCGAAAACUGCAAACUCAUUUUGAGACCACAAGGAGUUUCGAUCCAUAAUAGUAGAUAUAUAGAACCGCUAAAUGAUAUCUGGUGAAAUGUUGCGCACCUUUUAUGUUGACAGUUUGAAGCGAGAAAUUAGAAGACAGUGUUCAACAUUUAUGAUUGAAAGAUUUGAUCUUUUUGUUGUUAAUAAGUCUAUAAUGAAUCAUUUACGGAAUAAGAACCAAAACAACAUGAAUGGAAAUACCCAUUUUGAUAAUAUACAGACGUUGUUUAACCUGGCAUUGUAAUAUUUAAUCCGUAUUGAUUCAUUGAUUAAUUGUUUGAUUUCCAAGAAACUUAUUUGAUGCAAAAAAUCGCUUGCAACACUGCUGUUAAGUUUUUUUAUUCUCAUUUCAGAUAUUUACAGUGCCAAUAACAGCGGUGUCGCUAUCGAUUUUUCCAUGACUAUAUCCAUAAUCGUAUGAUAUCCAACAUCAGUAAAUCGAAGGCCAAUCGUAACUGUUUCGGUUAGAUUAUCUGUAGAAUGGCUCAUCAUAAUCGAUUAUUUAUUUUGUUCACAUCCAAAUCGGUUGAAAACUUGUGCACAUUUUUGGUUAACAUUCCCAAUGCUUAUAAAUUCUGCAAAAUUGUGAAUAACUUUUCAGCGCCAAUUAAAGUGUGUAAAUCCUGCUGGGGUCUCAUACGCGACACUACUUUUGCUUACAUUUACGCACAGUUUUUUUGCUUGAAUCAGUAAAUGCUCAAUAGAGGCGAAUGAACUGCAAAGUUUAAAGCCUCUUAAAAACAAAGAAAGAAGAAGAAGUAAAUGCUCAGUAUUAUUUUGUGUGCUGCGGACUUCUGAACGCAAACGCGUAAGUGUGACCAACACGUGGUUUUCUGCCGAACCACAGUUUUGAUGUAGUCGAAUAGAUCAACACUGAACGUGAAGAUCUUGAGAGAAAGAUGAGAAAAAUAUUCAGAGAAGCCGGAAGUCAUCAUUCUCAAUUGGCACUGGAGCGACCGACGAAUAAACAAAAUUGUGUCGGUCUUUCACUGAACCAAAAUCUAUGGCAAAUUUUUAUCCUAAAAAAAUCAAAACCAUUGUCGUUCUUUCUUUCUUUCUUUGUUAUUAAGAGGCUUUAAACUUUGCAGUUCAUUCGCCUCUAAAGCCCAUUGUCGUUUUUUUUUGUGUGAGACAACACCGGGAUUGAAUGGUUUAUCGCUGCUGUCUUUUAUUAAGCUCGGUGGCUAUAUAGUUCAACAAAAAGGUGGCAACAGUCAACACAAAACAUACACUCUUUUUCUAUCAAAUUUAAAACAGACAAAUUCGAAAGAUAUAAUAACAAACAACACAAGGGCUUCACAAGAAGAACUAGUCCAUGAUUUCGUUUCUCGACAACACAAUACUGCGCACACGAAAACAUUCCAAUUCUUUGUUGUAAAUUUCUUCACAUACCAGAAACAGAAAGAUGGCUGAAAACAAGCAUUUAUGAUAUACAAUUCCCCCCUUAGAACACGUAAAUCCAUUAGCCUGUAGAUACUACUAGUUUCCACAAGCGGAAGUAAAUUCAAAAACGACAAAAAACACACCAUCAGGUAUAUUUGUUAACUGUAAACAUCUACUGAACAGAAGAAACAAAACAAGAAAUUUGUAGAUAGAUUUUACAAUUGCGAAAACAAAGGACUAUAUUUUUUCUCGUCGAGAUCAAAAUCUGUAUAAAAUUGUUUGUUUCUGAGCUAAUUUAUUUAAUUUAUUUUCGCUAUCGAAUCAAAAAAAAUUAAACAAAACGAAAACACAAAAAAACUAUAUGAAACCUAAAAUUCGGAAGUUGCAAAUAUUAUGUUAACUACUACUACUACAAUUUUCCUCGUUCUCGCCUCCCCAAGGUGUGUGCGCGAACCUUGGGUGCCACAGGUUCUUGUAUAUUAUUUCGUACCGUUUUUCAACACGUAUUUUUGCUUGCUUUUUGCUGGUAGAUAACUAUUUAAAUACGUAUAAAUAUUACCCGAGGAUGGUUUUAUUUUAGGGGCAAACCAAAUCUAAAUAUCGGUUGAGAUGCGCGUGGCGACGGAUAAACUGUUGUUAAAUCUUAAGUGUAAACUGAACUACAAAACGGAAAGAUUUCUUUGUAUAAAGUAUGGUAAUAUAAAUCAAUAUUAUUGGAACGGAAAGCUUCGCGCGAAUGUCUUUAUAUGUUUCAAUGAUGGACUCGCGCAUGUGUAAUCACGCCUAGAGUUGAUUUAAGUAAGAAACGGUUUAACGGUAUCGUUCUCUAUCCCUAGUGAACGAAAGAAACGAUCGACCCCGUUUGUAGAUUUAGUGUAUUACAAUUUUGUUAGUCUUCUUUCAUGGAAGAAAAAAAAACAAAAUGCAAAAGUCGUUCCGAAUCUAUCUGGCUAAAGAUAAACCAACACAUCUGUUCUAUAAUCUGUAAAUGCUCCUCAUUCGUAAACAAUAAAUUGUAGCACCUACACAACGCAAAUACACAUUACUUCCUACAUACUAUACUAUUUACAGGCCUGCAAGCGUGAACAUAUCCCUUUAUAUCCACAAUCCUAGUGUUCCUACUGCUACUCUAUCGUAUUUUCCGUAACAGUACGCGGCACACAAUAGAAUACAACAAGCCGUUCGGAAACUUAUGCAUUUUGGGAGAUCCACAUAUAUACAUCCACACACAAACGUAAAAGACAUGAAUCGAACAAUAUAUGGGACAAAACAUAUUAGAGGGAAUCGGGAUAAAGAAAAACAAUAUUUUUAUAGUUGUUUAAUGUGAAAAAUUGAAACUGAAGAAUCGAACAAUGGCAACAAAAGCAAACUGUAGGAUUUCAUUAGGUUUUUUGUCUGUAUGCAUUUUAAGUUAUUGUAUCAUUAGUUAUUUUAUAUAACUUUCCACCUUGCUUAACGCGGGCGCCGGAACGAAGCAUAUUUUAUACGAAAUAUACUAAAGAUGUAAGCAAAAUGUGGUGUAAAAACGCGUUUGCUCUUUUUUUUAAGAAAGAAUAAUUUGAUUCUUGCAGCGAAUCUUCGAUCUUCGCAUAAAUAUUUUUUAAACAAUGAAAAAAAAACGUGUAAACAACAUGAGAAUAACGAAAUUCAGAAAAUCUAACGAAGUGGGAAAAUGAUUAGUUCUCUAUAAAAUAGUAGCUGUACAGUAUUUCUUUUCAUAUAAAUAUAUUUUAUUAUUCGUAUCGACUAAUUACUAUUAUUAUAACAACACAAAUAUGAUGGAAGAAUAAAACCGAUUCAAAUUA